AUGGAUUUGAGAAACUGUUAUGAAAGACCAAAAGAAUACAAGUUUUGUGAAAGUGGAGCAUGUGUUCUGAAUAACGAAUAUUGUCCUUGUAGUCAUAACUUCUUUCAAUGCCGAUUUGCAGCUAAAUGUAUUCACUCGUCUUUAGUUUGUAACAAUGUAGACGAUUGUGGUAACAAUAAGGAUGAAGAAAAUUGUUUUAAAACAGAUGAUGCACAGCCACAAGAAUGUCAUCUAUCCACUGGUGCUAUCAUUGGUAUAAGUAUUGGUGUUGCAGUGGUGUUUAUCUUGCUUGUUUUAGCUAUGUUAUAUUGGCUACAUAGGAAAAAACGAUUAAGAUCACAAAAUACUUCAAGUCUAGAGCCCCUCCGGAUUCAGACGAAGCAGAGUUUAGGGGAUGUAACGUCCUCUGAAGGAAGUGAUGUAAAUAAAAGAAACUCAGGAUAUAACAAAGUGCCAUUAGACGAUAGUUUCGGACCUUUCAAUGAUGUGUUGUGUACUUCGACGCCGAAGCCUGACGCUCGACGUCAAAUAGUCCAGAUGGAUCCAAUGCCACCGAUAUUAAUAUUGAAGCCUUCUUGA